AGAAUAUACGAACGAGACUCAUGACGUCACGUGGCGGGUGGUUUGUAAACAGCAAACAUCUCCGAACGUGUGCGGAAGUGGUGAAAAUUUUGUGGAUUUUCAUGAGUCUCUCGGACGGUUACCUUUUCUUCAAAGUAGAAAAUGUGCACAUUUCAGAUCUAUAUGAUUGGUCGGACCCCAAGCAGAAAGGAAAGUACAGCCGUCCAAAGCUGAAACGACGUGAGAGUGCGCCGUCGGGGUCGCUGGUUCACAUUAACGAGGAGAAGAUCGCUCUCUUCAGACAUGGGGAGAAGGUGUACGCCAUGCAGGAGAAAUGUCCUCAUUUGGGUGGACCCCUGCAUCUUGGUGACAUUGAGGAACUUCCUGACAAGAGUCUGUGUGUGCGGUGUCCAUGGCACAGUUGGAGAUUUAGCCUAGAUACAGGUCGUUUGGUGCUUCCAAAGAAAGACAAGGUUGCCAUCACAUUUCCUGUAACAGUCGACGCAGAGGGGAACAUUUCCAUAGGAUUCCUGGAGUUUGCAAGCGACUACUUCUCUGGAAGUGGGGAAUUCUGAAGACAAGAGGAAGUAG